CUGCAAGUGUGAAAACACCUGAAAAAAGAAAACCGGGACUACUUCUCAGGAUAAACUAUUAGAAAGAAUGUUUGGACUUUGUGGAGAUAUAUGAUUUUUUUUUACAUAUGUACAAACACAGACUGGCUCAACCAGCUCUUUCAAUGUCAUAAUCUCAUCAGAAGCCUUCGGAUGUUAGCUGUCUAGAAGGAGAUCAGUAACUUGAGAUUUGUGUAGCCAAAUCCAGGGUUUAAAUGAAUUCCUCCAUCAUAGCCAUCAGUGAGAAGGAAUAGAAGUUGCAAAAGAAGGGAUUAUAGGGAGAACUCUGUGGGUUUCUACAGAAUUGUUUAGGAAGUGCCACAGCCAAAUUGUACAUCUAAAUUAACGUGUAAGAAGAUAUUGUGGUUUUGUUAUUCGCUUCUACUACAGAUGAUUUGUCUUUAAUGCAGGAUUUAUUCCAUGUUUUAGAGCACUUGCCUUCACCAUAUUAGGUAGGAACACACCCAGAUACCUUUAUAGACUAGAUUAAAACAUAUGCUCUAGGUCAUUAUUAAAAUAAGGGCUUAAGCUGUUAAUUCUCUCUACUCUGGUACUGGAAUUGAGAUUUGAGAUUAAAAGAGUACACUAUUUGAUCUUGAUAGGAUAAAAUAGGUGCUAAGGUCCUCUACCCUCUGCAACUUCUUUUUUCCUAUUUUGUUCCUUCUACUUUUGUUUUCCACCAAACGAAGCCUGUUCAGGUGGAAAAAAAACAGCUAUUACUAUGUUGUUUGAUUAAUUGCUAACCAGCCUAGUCUGUAUUCUUCUUUUCUUCUGGUCAGAUGGCCAUCUAAUAUCCUUUGAAUCAGGGUGGAGGAUUAAAAGAUAGAACAAUAAUAUAAUCAAGGGUGUUGUCACUAAUGUAAAAGAAUAUUAAUAAGUACUUGAGGAAUCUGUUUUCCUCUCACAAGUUUAGAAAAAUAUUAGGAACAAGGAGUUACAUUAAAGGAAUUGUUUACAUUAAUUUUCUAAGAUUUCAAGGCUAGACCAGGAAGAGUUGCUCCUGUCCAGCAUCACAAAUACUGGCAGAAAGGACUGGAACUCGCUAAAAUAACAGGGGUAUCCUGUAGACACUUUAAAAUUGUGUGUUAUGUUGUCAAAGACCAUGGCUGGAUCCCAGAUCCGCUGCCUGGAGAGCGAAGAGCCAUACAGUAAAGUAACUGAAUCAAAUCCUGAAUUUUAUUAUUGUGAACGACAGCGGUUGGCCCUUGAAGCUCUACUUGCCAAUGGUGAGGAAGCUUUCAAUCAGUGCCUCUCCCGUGAAAAGCUACGCCCCUUUCUGUCGGAGGGUGAAUUGCAGGAAUUAAAGACUGCAGCAACAGCAGAAGAAUUACAAGCUCCCCCUUCAGGUGGAGCAGGGACUUACAGCUUUGGAACAAAGGGAUCUAGUCUCAGCUACUGGCCUCAGCGUUCAGAUGAACCACCCCCAGAACUGGAACUAGGGUGGCCAGACAAUGGGGCUUGGAAAGGAAUUACCCGAGCGGAGGUCUAUACCCACCCACCAGGAGAAGGAGCACCACAUAUUAAGGAAUUGGUACGCAGCUGUAUCCAACAAGCCCACAAGGUGAUUGCUAUAGUCAUGGACAUUUUCACAGAUCCUGAUAUUCUCUUAGAUCUGUACGAUGCAGCAAUCAGGCAGCGGAUACCAGUUUAUCUUAUACUCAGUCAGCAGCAUCUUCACUCCUUCCUCUCCAUGGCUGAGAAAACUUGCCUUAAUGUCCGUCACACAGAG